AUGACUGACUUCGGGGCUUUGCCAACAAACGGAGUUGGUGCAGCGAUGCAAAAGGAUGCGUUUGCAGAUGCCUUACAACGAGCGAGACAGAUUGCAGCUAAAAUUGGUGGGGAAGCUCCAGUGAGUAACAAUGGCGGUGCGGAGGGCUAUCCCUUUACACAGAAGCGGUCACUGGAGGAUGGAGAUGAACCAAGCGCCAAGAAGAUUGCAUCUCAAGGAGACAGAGAUGCAAUGUCUAUUGGUGCACAGCUGGCUGCUCUUUCUCAACAAAGUCUUAGACCUUCAACUAUGACUGAAGAUCUAAAGGUGCCAGAUUCUAUGGUUGGUCUUAUCAUUGGACGAGGAGGAGAACAAAUUAACAAAAUUCAAAUGGAGUCUGGCUGCAAAGUUCAGAUUGCACAUGAUAGUGCUGGACUUCCUGAAAGAAAUGUUUCUUUGACUGGAUCACCUGAGUCUAUACAACGAGCCAGAGCCCUCAUUGACCAAAUUGUGUCUAAGAGCAAUGACAACGGUAAUAGCAAUGUGCUUGAAAUGAUGAUCCCUGCUGGAAAGGGGGGCAUUAUCAUUGGCAAAGGAGGAGAAACCAUCAAACAGCUGCAGGCUCGAGCUGGAGUUAAGAUGUAUGUCGUUCAGGAUAGUUCGCAGUCUCCUAAUGUUGAUAAAGUUUUGCGCAUCAUUGGCGAUAGCUACAAAGUUCAGCAAGCAAAAGAGAUGGUUAAUGACAUUCUGCGAGAGGGGUUUGCUGACAGAAAUGAAUUUGGAUCACGAAUGGGAGGAGGAGGAGGAGGAGGAGGAGGAGGUGGUGGUGGAGGUGGAGGAAUGGAAAUGGCUGUUCCUCGUCACUCGGUUGGAGUUGUUAUUGGCAGGAGUGGAGAGAUGAUCAAAAAGAUUCAGAGUGAUGCAGGAGUAAAGAUUCAGUUCAAACCAGAUGAUGGUUCAGGCCCGGACAAAAUAGCGCACAUAAUGGGACCCCCUGACCAGUGUCAACACGCCGCCUCAAUAAUAACUGAUCUGAUACAAAGUAUCCGCGCCCGAGACGAGGGUGGGCAUGGGGGCCCUCCUGGGAUGCCGCCUGGUGGACGGGGCAGAGGUCAGGGAAACUGGGGUCCUCAGGGAGGUGGGGCGACCUUCACUAUUCCUGCUCACAAAUGCGGCCUUGUAAUUGGAAGAGGUGGGGAGACGGUGAAGUCAAUUAAUCAGCAAACUGGUGCAUUUGUGGAAAUGUCUCGUCAGCCCCCUCCAAAUGGUGAUCCAAAUUUUAAAUUGUUCACAAUCCGAGGCUCCCCGGAGCAGAUCGACCAUGCAAAACAACUUAUAGAAGAUAAGAUUGAGGGUCCACUGUGUCCUGUUGGUGGUCCUGGUCCUGGUCCUGGGGGGGCGAUGGGUCCUUAUAAUCCAAACCCUUACAAUGCAGGUCCUCCUGGUGGAGCUCCCCAUGGACCCCAACCCGGAGGUCAGUUUUGUCCUCAAGGUUGGGGAAAUACUUACCAACAGUGGCAAGGACAGGCUCCUCAUGACCCCAGUAAAGCCCCCACAGAUCAAACUGCAGCAUGGGCAGCGUACUAUUCACAGUAUUAUGGCCAGCAGCCAGGGGGCGCUGGGCCUGGUCAAACGGGACCGUCCCCUGGAGCACCAGGAGAUGGGCCCCAACCAGCUCAGAGUGCAGGGGGGCAGCCAGACUACACCAAGGCAUGGGAGGAAUACUAUAAGAAAAUGGGCAUGAGUCAACCAGCUGGAGGGGCACCACAAGGGUCACCUGGUGGAGCUGGAGGAGCAGCGCCACCUGGUGGACAGCAAGACUACAGCGCAGCAUGGGCUGAAUACUACAGGCAACAGGCAGCAUAUUAUGGACAAACAGGACAAGCGCCUGGUCAGGCACCCUCCUCACAGCCAGGGCAGGCUCAGUAA